AUAUAGCACGCGCAGCUCAGCUCCCCAACAAAGUCACCGCGCUGACAGUGUGCGGGAGCAGCAGAGGAGAAACCUAAUCUCAGAACCCAACAACACCUAGCAACAGUUGAAAAAACUUUGAAACAAAAGUCGGGGUGUGAGAUAGGCGGCUUCCAAUUCCUGCUGAUCCCGACUGAAGGAGAGAGAAGCUGCAGCUAUUCUGUGCCGUUUCCUGUAUGACUUCAGCGACUGGCUAGUUAGUCCCAGCAGAGUGGGAAAAGCGUUUUCCUCAGCCUUCUUUUGGGCUGGCUAGUUUUCCAGGACUCAGUCUUGGGCUGUGGGGCAAGCCACUGGGUUCUUCAAGGGAUACACCCUCCGAGAAAGGAUACAUCUUUGGUUAAAGGAGCUGCCAGCAGGUGGGAAUGAGAUCGCGAAACCAAGGUGGAGAAAGUUCAUCUAACAGGCAUGUCUCCUGCCCCAAGUCCUCCAUCAUCAGCAAUGCUGCUGGUACAGGCCCCUCGGAAGAGGCAAAAAAGAACAAGGCAAAUCGGAAGGAAGAUGAUGUCAUGGCUUCGGGAACUGUCAAACGGCACCUCAAGCCAUCUGGAGAAAGUGAAAAAAAGACCAAGAAGUCUCUGGAGUUAUCCAAGGAGGAUCUCAUCCAGCUCCUGAGUAUAAUGGAAGGAGAGCUGCAGGCUAGAGAAGAUGUGAUCCACAUGCUGAAGACAGAGAAAACCAAGCCCGAGGUUCUGGAGGCACAUUAUGGAUCUGCAGAGCCAGAGAAGGUGCUUCGGGUCCUGCACCGAGAUGCCAUCCUCGCUCAAGAGAAGUCCAUAGGAGAAGAUGUCUACGAGAAACCCAUCUCAGAGCUGGACAGACUGGAGGAAAAGCAGAAGGAGACGUACCGCCGCAUGCUGGAGCAGCUGCUGCUGGCCGAGAAGUGUCACCGGCGCACGGUGUACGAGCUGGAGAACGAGAAACUCAAGCACACUGACUACAUGAACAAGAGCGACGACUUCACCAACCUGCUGGAGCAGGAGCGAGAGAGGUUGAAAAAGCUCCUUGAACAAGAAAAGGCUUACCAAGCCCGCAAAGAAAAAGAAAAUGCUAAGAGGCUCAAUAAACUUCGAGACGAGCUCGUGAAACUGAAGUCCUUCGCACUCAUGCUGGUGGACGAGAGGCAGAUGCACAUUGAGCAGCUGGGCCUGCAGAGUCAGAAAGUGCAGGACCUCACCCAGAAACUGAGGGAGGAGGAAGAGAAGCUCAAAGCCGUCACCUACAAAUCCAAAGAAGACCGCCAGAAACUGCUCAAGUUAGAAGUGGACUUCGAACACAAGGCCUCGAGGUUCUCCCAGGAGCACGAAGAGAUGAAUGCCAAACUGGCUAACCAGGAGUCUCACAACAGACAGCUUCGACUCAAGCUGGUUGGCUUAUCUCAAAGGAUCGAAGAACUGGAAGAGACCAACAAAAACCUCCAGAAGGCCGAGGAAGAGCUUCAGGAGCUGAGGGAUAAAAUCUCCAAAGGGGAAUGUGGGAACUCCAGCCUCAUGGCAGAGGUGGAAAGCCUGCGGAAGCGCGUGCUGGAGAUGGAGGGCAAGGAUGAAGAGAUCACUAAGACGGAGGCCCAGUGCAGGGAGCUGAAGAAGAAGCUGCAGGAGGAGGAGCACCACAGCAAGGAGCUCCGGCUUGAAGUGGAGAAGCUGCAGAAGAGGAUGUCGGAACUGGAGAAGCUGGAGGAAGCCUUCAGCAGGAGUAAGUCGGAAUGCACCCAGCUCCAUCUGAACCUGGAGAAAGAGAAGAAUCUAACCAAAGACCUGCUGAAUGAGCUGGAGGUGGUCAAGAGUCGAGUUAAAGAACUCGAGUGCUCGGAAAGUAGACUGGAGAAGGCUGAGCUGAGCCUCAAAGAUGACCUCACGAAGCUCAAGUCCUUCACUGUGAUGCUGGUGGACGAAAGGAAAAACAUGAUGGAAAAAAUAAAGCAAGAAGAGAGAAAAGUGGAUGGGUUGAAUAAAAACUUUAAGGUGGAACAGGGAAAGGUUAUGGACGUCACUGAAAAACUAAUCGAGGAAAGCAAGAAGCUUUUAAAACUCAAGUCCGAGAUGGAGGAAAGGGUGUCCAGUUUGACAAAGGAGAGGGAUGAAUUGAUGGGUAAGCUGAGAAGUGAAGAGGAGAGGUCCUGUGAACUAAGCUGCAGCGUCGAUGUCCUGAAGAAGCGGCUUGAUGGUAUAGAGGAGGUGGAAAGGGAAAUAAACAGAGGGAGGUCCGGCAAGGGGCCUGAGUUCACCUGCCCCGAGGACAAUAAGAUCAGGGAACUAACGCUGGAAAUCGAGAGGCUGAAGAAGCGUCUCCAGCAGCUGGAGGUGGUGGAAGGCGACUUGAUGAAGACGGAGGAUGAGUAUGACCAGCUGGAGCAGAAGUUCAGAACCGAGCAGGACAAGGCAAACUUCCUCUCGCAGCAGCUGGAAGAAAUCAAGCACCAAAUGGCCAAGAACAAAGCCAUAGAGAAAGGAGAAGCUGUGAGCCAGGAAGCCGAGCUGCGGCACAGGUUUCGGCUGGAGGAGGCUAAGAGUCGUGAUUUGCAGGCUGAGGUGCAGGCUCUCAAGGAGAAGAUCCACGAGCUGAUGAACAAAGAAGACCAGCUGUCCCAGCUCCAGGUGGACUAUUCGGUCCUUCAGCAAAGGUUUAUGGAAGAAGAGAAUAAGAACAAGAACAUGGGGCGGGAAGUUCUCAACCUGACCAAAGAGCUGGAGCUGUCCAAGCGCUACAGCCGCGCUCUCAGGCCCACCGGGAACGGCAGGAGGAUGGUGGACGUGCCAGUGGCCUCCACCGGAGUGCAGACCGAGGCUGUGUGCGGGGAUGCUGCGGAGGAGGAGACCCCGGCUGUGUUCAUUCGCAAAUCCUUCCAGGAAGAAAAUCACAUCAUGAGCAAUCUUCGACAGGUGGGCCUGAAGAAGCCCAUGGAACGAUCCUCGGUCCUCGACAGGUAUCCCCCAGCAGCCAACGAGCUCACCAUGAGGAAGUCCUGGAUUCCUUGGAUGAGAAAAAGAGAAAACGGCCCUUCUACCCCACAGGAGAAAGGGCCUCGGUCAAACCCAGGUGCAGGGCACCCCGGGGAGCUGGUCCUAGCACCAAAGCAGGGCCAGCCCCUGCACAUCCGCGUGACACCAGACCACGAGAACAGCACCGCGACCCUGGAGAUCACAAGCCCCACGUCUGAAGAGUUUUUCUCUAGUACCACCGUCAUUCCUACUUUAGGCAAUCAGAAACCAAGGAUAACCAUUAUUCCAUCACCCAAUGUCAUGUCGCCAAAGCCCAAAAGUGCAGAUCCGACUCUCGGCCCAGAACGAGCCAUGUCCCCUGUCACGAUUACUACUAUUUCCAGAGAGAAGAGCCCGGAAGGUGGAAGGGGUGCCUUUGCAGACAGGCCCGCAUCUCCGAUCCAGAUCAUGACGGUGUCAACAUCCGCAGCUCCCUCUGAAAUUGCUGUCUCUCCUGAAUCCCAGGAAGUACCAAUGGGAAGGACUAUCCUUAAAGUCACCCCAGAAAAACAAACUGUUCCCACCCCGGUGCGGAAGUACAACUCCAAUGCCAAUAUCAUCACCACGGAAGACAAUAAAAUUCACAUUCACCUGGGUUCUCAGUUUAAACGAUCCCCGGGGCCUGCAGCUGAAGGCGUGAGUCCAGUUAUCACCGUCAGGCCCGUCAAUGUGACAGCUGAGAAGGAGGUUUCUACAGGCACAGUCCUUCGCUCUCCCAGGAACCACCUCUCUUCACGACCUGGUGCUAGCAAAGUGACCAGCACUAUAACCAUAACCCCGGUCACAACAUCAUCCACAAGAGGAACCCAGUCAGUGUCGGGACAAGAUGGGUCAUCUCAGCGGCCUACACCCACCCGCAUUCCUAUGUCAAAAGAAAGCAUCAUCAUUCACCAGUUGCGAAUGAGCUCCAGAUGAGAUUACCAAGCCCAGCCCUCAGUCAUCACUAAGGUCCUCCAUGCUACUGAUGUUGACUGGAAACACCCUAUGACUUCCAGUGAUUUUGUUUUGAGGAUAUAAUUUAACAGUUAAAAACCACAUUGUGGAUGAUAUGAACAAAUGUAACAAAAGCAAUUGAAUCUUUGUGCCAAAGAAAGUUUUCUUCUCUUUGCAAAGCUUUCAGGUCUGUGGGCACAUGCCGUGUAAUUUUAUGUAUUUUUAUAAUACAUUUUGUAAUGUGAUUUCUUUCCCUAAAUUGUUUCUUUUUUCAUAGUCUGUGGCACAUAUAUCUGUAGAUUACACUGUCAGUUCUUCAAAGUGUUGAUAUUGUGUAUUUAAAAGGUUAACAUAUCCUUUUCUUUUUAUUAAUUUGUUAUUUUUAAGGAAAAGAAAGCACAGCACUCUAUUUCCCUGGGCAACUUUAAGAGGUAAAACCUACAAACCUGGGUUUAAUUCCUGGGACCUACAUGGUGAAGGGAGGUAACCAAGUCCUACCUUCUUACUCAUAUGACGCUGUGGUCCCGAUUGUGGUUCAACACUGAAAACAGCGUUCUGGCUUAGGAGUUUAAGUACUUAAAACCAAUUUGUGUCUCCUGCUUGUGUUCUGUAUGGGAAACAAACAGCUUUGACUGGCAGUUCAAUUUUAUUUCUAUCUGCAUUAUUAUUAUGUAUACAAAACAUAAUAUGACUGUGAUGUUAGGGUGUUUCCCACAUAUUACUUCUACCCCCACAAAAGGUUACAAAUAAAAAUGAACCUAGAAAAUGUCAACCUUUUUUUUUUUUUUUCAAAAAAAUAGGGAGACUCAAAUGUAGAUAAUCAUUUCCCUCUGAUUUUUACUGACUUUCACAACUCCAUGUAGGUUGCGGAGAACAACUCCUCCUACUAUUACUAUUCUUCUUGGUACAGGUUCUUGCUAUAUAUCCCUAGCUGGCCUAAAACUGGCUGUGUAGACCAGGCUGGCCUUGAACUCAAGGGAUCUGCCUGUCUGUGCCUCUCACAGGUGCUGGGACUAAAGACAUGUGCCAUUGUGUAAAGAGUAUGUUUUUAAAGAAUUAAAAGCCCAAACUGUAUUACUCAAGUCUCCAUGUCAGAGCUGCUGUUGAAUUUAGGUUUACGUGAAAAUGUGAAGUCUACUUGAAACUCUACUUAAAAAAAAUACUGCCAAUGGGGGUGGGAAUGUUUCCAAUAAGAUCUUUAAAAUAACUUUAAAGAUAAAUUAAAGGUUGAUAGUUUAGUUUAGUUUCUAAAUGCAGAAGUCAUUUAUCAUGCUACUUAAAUGUGAAUGAAGAGCCAAUGCUUCUUCUGAAUGUUAUGAGGUAAGUAAAAUCACCCAAGUUAAGUUCUGCAAGCUCACCACUAUAGUCCACAAGCUGUACCCACAUCAGCCACAGAGUCUCUGGAAUGGGAAAAACAAUGCGAAAUUUCCUCCCUUAUGUAACCUAGGUUUUAAUGUAAUCUGUGGAACUGACAAAUCAUAGUCAAUAUAUACUGUAAAUGAAAUAACUAUAUUUUCUAAAAACUAUUCUUGCUUUGUUAAAAGUAAGAUAAAUGUUAUGUUAGGCUUACCCAAGCUUGAAUGACUGUGGAGGUCUCACAUAACCUUCUGUGGUUUUGAUUACUGACCCAGAAGCCUGGAGUGUGUGUGUG